UUAAUAGAGAAAAUUUUUAAUUUUUGUAUUAAAAUUUUAGUUUUUAAAUAUAAGUUGAGAUUCUAAAUUUUUUUAAAAAAACUCAGNAUGAGGGAAUUUGAUGAUUUUGUUCAUAGCUCCGAAUUGAUUGACUUGCCUCUAGUGGGGAGAAAAUACACUUGGUAUAGCUCAAAUGGUCAAUCCAUGAGUAGACUGGAUAGAUUUUUAUUAUCAGAGGAAUGGAUGGCAAAAUGGAGCAAUGUGAAACAAUGGGGAAUGAAGAGGUCUAUUUCGGACCACUGCCCAAUUUUGUUGAAAAAUGAGCAAGUUGACUGGGGGCCAAAACCAUUCAAAUUGUAUGAUGCAUGGCUGGAAAAUCCAGGAUGCAAGGAGGUGAUUACAAAGGUGUGGAAAAGCUGUGAAGUGAAAGGUUGGAGUGGUUUUAUACUCAAGGAGAAGUUGAAACAUACAAAGCUUGCUCUAAAGGAGUGGAGCAAUAAUAUGAAUAUGGAGGUGGAUAGACAACUAAAGGAUGCAGAAGUUACAAUUGCUAGAAUUGACGAGAAAGGUGAGCAGAACCAACUGUCAGAUAAUGAUAUUGAAAUGAGGAGAAAGUGUUUUAUUGACCUGUGGAAAAAUCUGAGAAUCAAGGAGAGGAUGUGGCAACAAAAAUCAAGGAUGCUAUGGCUAAAAGAAGGUGACGCCAACACAAAAUUUUUCCAUAGGAGUGUGAAAGGAAGAUGGAGAAGAAAUGAAGUUAAUAGCAUCCGGAUCAAUGGGGUGCAACUUAUAGAAGUGGAGACAAUAAAGCAAGAGACUGCUAAGUACUUCCAAGAUCUGUUUGCAGAAGAACAGUGGAGCAGACCAAAGCUAGAUGGGAUCAGUUUUAAGCAAAUAUCACGGACUGAUAAUGAGACCCUCAUAGCGGCCUUCUCGGAACAGGAAAUCAAAGAAGCAAUAUGGGACUGUGAUUCAUCCAAAUCUCCAGGGCCGGAUGGAUUCAACUUCAGAUUUGUUAAGACGAUGUGGGAAGUCAUAAAAUUUGAUGUGAUCAAUUUUGUACAGGAAUUUCAAGAACAUGGCAGGUUGGUCAGAGGGUCAAAUGCGUCUUUCAUUGUGCUAAUUCCGAAGACAGAAAACCCCCAAGGAAUUGAGGAAUACAGACCCAUAUCGCUCAUCGGAGUUAUGUACAAAAUCAUUGCAAAAUUACUAGCAAAUCGGCUGCGAAAGGUGUUACCCAUGGUGAUCGGUGAGCAGCAGAUGGCUUUCCUUGAGGAAAGACAACUAGCGGAAGGAGUAGUGAUUGCAAAUGAGGUUAUCGAUGAGGUCAAAAGGAAGAAGAUGAAGAGCUUUCUAUUUAAAGCCGAUUUUGAGAAAGCUUAUGAUAAGGUAUGUUGGGAGUUCAUUGAGUACAUGAUGUUGAGGAUGGGAUUCAACGCAACUUGGAGGAAAUGGAUACAGGAGUGUCUAAAAUCGAGUUCGAUAUCCAUUCUCAUUAAUGGCAGCCCGACGAAACAAUUCCCGGUUUACAAAGGCAUCCGUCAAGGUGACCCGCUAUCUCCCUUUUUAUUCUUGAUUGUCGCGGAGGGGUUGAAUGGAUUAGUGUCAUCAGCAGUGGAGAAGGGAUGGUAUAAAGGAGUGCCAAUUGGCAGCGGAGGCACUAUGGUCACACAUCUUCAAUUCGCGGAUGACACCUUAUUUUUCGGGGAGGCUACGGAAGACAAUAUAUGGGUGAUCAAAUGCAUUAUGAGAACUUUUGAGUUGGCUUCAGGGCUAAAGAUAAAUUUCAGAAAAAGUGAACUGAUGGGAGUGGGAGUAGAUAAAAGCUGGAGCGGUAAAAUGGCUUAUAGACUGUAUUGCAAAGAAGGGGAGCUGCUAGUUAAGUAUUUGGGAAUCCCAAUUGGUGGUAGCCAAAGGAGAGUAGCUAUGUGGCAACCAUUGGUGGAGUCGGUUAAAAGGAAAUUAGCUACUUGGAAGGGGAGGCAACUAUCAAUGGGAGGUCGCAUUACGCUCAUCAAUUCAGUGCUGUCAAGUUUGCCCGUGUUCUUGAUGUCAGUCUUUGUAAUUCCAAAAGGUAUAAUUUAUGCAAUUGAUAAAAUUCGUAAAAGUUUCUUAUGGGGAGGAAAGGGAGAGGAUAGGAAAAUAAAUUGGGUGAGUUGGGAAAGAGUAUGCAAAAAGAAAGAGGAAGGGGGUUUAGGCGUGAGGGAUUUACGGAAAUUCAACUUAGCAUUGAUGGGAAAAUGGUGGGGAAGACUUGCUGAAAAUGGGGAGGGUUUGUGGAAGAGAAUAAUAGUAGAAAAGUAUGGCAAUGGAGGGGGACAUUGGCAAGAUUGGAUUGAUGAAAAUAGUGGUGUAGGAUCAACAUGGUGGAGGGAUGUGAGAGCUAUCAACACAAUAGAUGCCUCAACGCCAUCUUUGACCAAGUCCCAAAACUUGGUGGAGCCCAUAAGCACGCAAACAGGAGGAGAUGGCGAGAUCAAUGAGGCUGCUUUCUCUCGCACUUUUGGAUCCGCGACCCUCUCUCAGGUAUACACGACUGCUCCUUGAUUCUUUUUUCCAUAUUGGUUUUUGUUUAUGUAUUUAUAUUGUACUGUUGAUUUGUAAUCUGUUUUUUUUUUUUUUUUCGAAAAAUUUGAUAAAAUUUAUAGUUUAGU